AUGAAGCUCUUCAACCUUGUCACUACCUCUCUGGCUUUUGGCCUGACAAAUGCCUACUUGGUAGCACCUCCGGGCACGCCUGCCCCAGGAGCCGACUCAGGCUGCUCUGAAUGGGUUCAACAAUCCUAUGGACUGACUUGUGCUAUUAUUGAACAGUUCUUUGGCAUGAGUCCAGCCCAAUUCGAGGCAUGGAAUCCCAGCGUUACCCUACUGGGUUCUGGUUGCAAUCUUAUUGAAGGCCUCUAUUACUGCGUACAGGUCAAUUAUGUGUCCAUGUCUUUCCUGUCUACAGGCCCGCCAACUACAACCACCAAAUCAUCCACAGCCUCAACAACCUCCAGCGGGAAUGGCAUCACAACACCAACGCCUACGCAGAGCGGCCUCGUAAGCAACUGUAAUAAGUUCUACAAAGUUGUCAGCGGAGAUAUAUGCGCCAACAUUGUCACUACAUAUGGCAUAUCUCUGGACAACUUUUACGCUUGGAAUCCGGCUGUAGGCCCUUCAAGCACAACACAUGCCUCAUCUACUACUACUCGUGCAUCUACUACUACUCGUGUUUCGACCACAACCACGUCUGGCAAUGGUAUCACCACUCCGACACCUACGCAAAGCGGCAUGGUGUCGAAUUGUGAUGCCUUCUACAAAGUUGUUAGCGGAGAUGGGUGUGCCAAUAUUGCUACUGCCUACGGCAUCUCUCUAAACAAUUUUUACGCCUGGAAUCCAGCGGUUGGUACCACUUGUGCUAGUCUCUGGCCUGACUACUACGUUUGUGUUGGUAUCAAGGGUUCUACAACAACAAAGGCCUCUACAACCACAAAAAUCACUCCGUCAAGCACUACAAAAGGAAACGGUGUGGCCACGCCGACGCCGACCCAGGCAAAUAUGACGAAAAGUUGUAAGACCUUUCACCUCGUCAAGAGCGGGGAUGACUGCUUUGACAUUGCGGCUGCUGCCAACAUCACCUUGGCAAACUUCUAUGCCUGGAACCCGGCUGUAGGCACUAGUUGUUCUACUUUGUGGCCAGAUUAUUACGUUUGCAUUGGAGUUUUGUAA